AUGGCGAAACUUAAGAGGAGGAACGCCAGCCCUAUAUGGGAUUUCUUUGAAUAUUCAUGCGAGACGGACAAGAGCGUGUGUAUGGUGGUGGAGAAUGGAAAUGUAUGUGGAGCUGCGCUGAAAGGAAAAAAUCCCACAAAUUUAAAAGUCCACCUGAGAAGUUUCCACAAGGACGCUAACAGUUGCUAUAUGGCUCAAUUAGCUGCUAGCCCUCCUGAAGCACGAGCAGAGACAGACAAACUGAGCACACGGAGUGGGGAAACUCCAAAAAUAUUCGACUUCCUCAAAGGUCGCCAAGACAGCUGGUCAGUAAAUACACAUGAACACUGUAAGAGGGAGGAAGCUCUGGUGAAUUUGUUUAUCCAUACAGGAAUGUCUACCCGACUCUGUGAGACACCGGCUUUCAAACAAUAUAGCUAUGCACUCGAGCCGAAGUUCAAGGUUCCAGGGGCUGCUCGAGUGAACAACCUGAUUGCAGGGCGGAUGGGAAAUGCCAAAAUGAAGUUGAAAGACAUACUGAAGGAUGCCAGGAAGAUAACCCUAUGUGUAGAUGGAUGGACUAAGAAGGGGUUGACUGCAUCAUUCCUAGGUGUGUCAGCGUGUUUCUAUCAUCCACCUGGGGGACGGGUAUACCACACGCUACUAAGCUUGCAUCGUUUGGCCCAUCCUCACACUGGGGAAUGCAUUGCUCGCUGUAUUGAUGAGACCAUGGUGGCAUGGGAUAUUGUUGGAGACAAAGUUCUGCUCGUUGUGACGGACAAUGGCUCGAACAUCGUAAAAGCAGUGCGGCUGCUUAGUGCAAGACGUCCUGAUCAAAGUGAGCAGUCAACACACAGUGCACGGCUUCAACCUGGAGAUGGCCUGGAUGACGUGAUGUGGGAUGAACCAGAGUCUGACGAGGAGAAUGUGGAGGAUCUCAGCGAGAGUGGAGACAUUGAACUUGAUCUGCCAGAUGACUGCAAAUUCCAGAGGAUGCCAUGCCUGGCCCAUACCCUUCAGCUCAGCCUGAAAGAUGCCAUGAAGCACCCAAGCACAGAUCUGCUUUUAACAAGAGCAAGAAAGCUGGUACACUCAGUGAGGAAAUCAUCGUUGGCAAACGAAGCACUGAUCAAAAAGUGUGGUAAAACUCUGGUCCGAGAUUGCAGCACACGUUGGAACAGCACUUUCGACAUGUUGAGAAGGCUGCUGGAGAUCAGAACGGAACUGAACCAGGUACUGGAGGAGCUGGGCAUGGACACACUUCUCACAAGUGAUUGGUCCAAGAUGGAGAACCUGGUCAUGUUGCUUGAGCCCUUUGCCGUUCACACAGACCAACUUCAGAGUGACAGCCAGUCACUGUCACAAGUAGUGCCAUGCUUGCUCAACCUUGAGGCUCACCUGCAGACCACUACUGUUGCUGCGAAGCCGUUGGCACAAACGCUACUUAAGUCCUUAAGAGAGCGCUUUGCUGGCAUUCUGAGCCCUGCUUCCCUACAAUUUGAUGCAACACCAGCAGCCGCUUGCCUGCUCGAUCCAAAUGUGUCAGUAAUUCUUCAGACACCAGACAUGGUGCCACUCAAAAUGGCCGCACAGUCUUUCAUUCAGAACAUGGCAGCUCAGUACAACCAGUACAACCCACCAACAACUCCUCAGGAGGACGUUGGCAAUGAAACUGAAACACCUUCGGCUCGUGCUGUCUUCCAGAAGUAUCGCUUUCUUGCCACUCGUAUGGAAGUCAAUGAACUUUUCCAAAAUGGCCCCGAGUAUGGAUCUCUGAUGGCAGAACUAAGGAGGUAUGAGGAUGACGUCAAAAGGGGUGUGUCUGAUGAGAAGCCACUGAAAUUCUGGCAGUCCAGAGAGGCGGUGUACCCAAAGCUUGCCCCUCUGGCACUAGAUCUUGUCAGUGCCCCUGCCUCACAGGCCUUUGUUGAGAGAAUCUUCUCAGUGUGUGGACUGUUGUCCUCUGGUCUGAGGAAUAGAGCGACUACAUCUCUGGAGCAGCGAGUUUUCCUGAAGAUAAACAAGGACUUACUCAAGUAA